AUGGUAAAGCUUGCUUAUAUAUGCAACCUACUUAUAACCAGUUACAUUGACAUACUAAAACAACAAACCGGCAAAGAGGAUAUAGGUGUUGGGUCCGUGACGCCAACAUUGUUUGAUAUGUUUGGUGAAGAUUCGAGUCCAAAGGUGAAGAAGUUCAUGAAGUUCUUCUUGAACAAGUUCCAAGGAAACAAUAAAUCCAGUAGCGGCAGUUUUCUAGGGAAUGGUGGGGGUCUGGCUCAGGAAUUUCUCAAACAAAAGCUGGAAAAGAACUCAGACUAUGCAAAACCCGCAAUGGAAACAAAUAUUGGAAGGAAAGAAGAUGCAUAUGCCGGAUCAAACAAACGUGAUCUACCUGAAAAUGGCAUCUUGAUCAGUGGGUGCCAGACCCAUGAGACUUCAGCUGAUGCUACACCAGGUGGCAAGCUAGAUCAAGCAUAUGGGGCACUUAGCAGUGCAAUUCAAACAAUUAUUGAAGAAUCCGAUGGGAAUGUCAGCAAUCACAAACUCGUGACUGAGGCUAGGAGGUUGUUAAAGAAACAGGUGUUCACUCAACACCCGGGUCUGUACUUAGCUAUAAUAUUGUGAGCUUCAUAAGCAAGCGUUUGGUAUACUUUCAAGCUCUAAUUUGUGGUUUGAGUUCUUCUUGUACCUGUAUGUUUCUGUUUUAUUUUUAAUACAAACAGAGUUUGAAACCAAAGGGGCUGGCUCAGAAGUCUCCAAACUAAAGCUUAGUACUUCAUUGUAACUAUUUCCCUUUUCGAAUUCAAUAUUUGAACCUUUUGAUGUC